AGAUAUUAUGACAGGCGAAAGAACUAUGUCUAAUCAAAUGGGUACUGAAAUUACAGAAUAACAAUUAUAAAAUCUUAUGGACAGUUUUGAAUGGGGUAGAAGAAUUCAUUUUAACUAAUGAAAUUUGU